AGUACCACAUUCCCAUAAUAUGAUUGGAGAAAAGGGAGCACUAUGGAACAUGUCAGCAAAUUCCUUGAUGCUAUGGGGGCUCACGUUGGUGAUAGGGACUUGUGUCUACAUGAGUUCUUUAAGUCUCUCUCUGAUAAGGCUUACACGUGGUACACCACUCUGCUCCCUAGCUCUAUUCGUUCUUGGGAUGAGAUGGAAUUUCCCAGUGAAGGAUUGUCAAGUCUCUUCUUAGCAUUGUUGGCUUCCAAAGUGGCAAUAAGCAUGCUUUUGGCCAUUUUUUACGAUGAGUUUGUGAUCUUCAAAGAAGCAACGGUAUCUCGCCCAAUGGGUACUGUUUUGCUAACAUGGAGUGACAUCAAAGAUAAUCCUGACAUGGAUAUACGGAGUAUACUUAAGCAUAAAAGGUGCAUGGGGCCUUUCAGCCAUAUGCGGGAUGGCCCCAUCGCUAGCAGUCCAGCUAUGCCCUCUGACUGUUCACUUGUUAGUGUGGAGAAGAAUACUUUUAUUAAUCUAUUGGCCUUGUCCAAUGAAUCAAAAUGUUUAACCCUUGAAGCUAAAAACAAAGUACUCGCUGAACACUUGGAAUCUUUUGGCGAAGUUGGUUACAUCACUUCGCCAGACAAGCUGCCAACUCUUCAUGAAGCUCAACUCGUGCUUACUUUUUUCGAGUCUCUUGAGGAUAUUGAUCUUGGGGACAACCCUUCGAAUCCCAAAUAUGUACAUAUCAGCACCACUCUCUUUGCUGACGAAAGAGCCAAGAUGAACGACUUGCUUAGGGAAUAUAAGGAUGUCUUUGCUUGGAAUUAUGACAAGAUGCCUGGGCUUGAUCCAGCCUUGGUGGCCCAUUCUUUGAAUGUUAAUCCCAAAGUAAAACUAGUUGUGCAGCUGAAUUGUGCAUUCCAUGCCGAAAUCAUUAUUAAAAUUAAAGAAGAAGUUGAAAAGCUUUUGGCUACAGGAUUUAUUACUUCGACCAAAAAGCCCACUUGGUUGGCCAACAUUGUACCAGUGUGGAAGAAAAAUGGGCAAAUCAGGUGCGAAAUGUACUCUCUUAUGGAUGGCAGUGGCAGAUAUUACCAUAUCAGUAGAUUGCUCAAGGUUUAUUUAUCUACUUUCAACAAGGUUGUGGGUGCUCUAGUCACUUAAGACGAUAAAAAAGGCAACGAGCAACUUGUUUACAAUGUUAGCCAAAAUCUCAAGGGAGCUGAAUCGAGGUAUCCUCUUGUUGAGAAAAUUUGUCUCACCUUGAUCUCUAUUUCCCAAUGCCUUUGGAACAACAAUGCGACUUUUAUGGUGCCCUACUAUAGCAAAGGCUUGAUGCGCCCUUGAAAGAUUUGUCUA